AUGAUCCUCCCUGGGCGCUCUCUCAUCACCCGCUCCAUCAUCCGCAAUGUCAAAUAUCCCACACUGCAGGCCCAGCCCUGCGGUGUAGACCUCACACUAAAGCGCGUUCUCAAAUGGACGUCGCCCGGAAUAAUCGACUUGGAUAAUCAACUCCGGCAGCCGGCCUCGACUGAAGAGAUACAUUUUCCCUCAUCAAAGCAAAAUACAAACCCAUAUUUAGAUCUCCCGCAGGGUUCUUACCUUGUGGAAUUCAACGAGACCGUCUCCGUUCCUCUGGACCUGAUGGGCGAGAUUUUCGUUCGCAGCUCAUUAUUUAGGUCCGGGGUGACGAUACAUGCUGGUGUUAUGGAUAGUGGGUAUGAGGGGGCUGUCGGGGCAUUAAUGCAGGUCGUCAAUCCCACGGGGUUGCGGCUGUAUCCAGCUGCGCGUCUGGCGCAGUUUGUGUUCCACCAGAUGAGUGAGAAGGUUGAGGGUUACAAUGGAGUUUAUCAAGGGAUGACAGCUUUGCAAUAG